AGCGAAAUAGUGGAUCCAUCGUUUUGUCCAACAGGCAAUCUCCCAGUCCGCAGGGUCGGCCCUGGGCUGGCGCCAGCGAUUCAGGGACCAGUCUGAGGCAAAAACCCCGCCCUGACAAUGGCGGGACAGCCCGGUUCAGCGCGCAAUGCAAUCAGGCCUUCGGCGACAUUCCCACUGUACCCACCCGCCCAGCCGAUCGAUCGACCGAGCGGGCUUUGGAGGGAUGCACGUCGUUCAUCCCGAUGCCUGUUUCUGCAUCUGCGUCUGGCUCUGCGGCUUGGCAUCUUGACCCUGCUCGAUAUCACCGGCACGCUCGCAAACAUCGAUCCAGUGUUCCGAGAAAGCUCGCUAAUCAAAGCACUUUGCCUACACCCAACCCCAGCGCCAACCCGCCCUCCGUCUUCCAAUGAACACCGCGACAGAACGUUUCGAUCUCUCCUCCGAGAUCAUCCCCGAGAGCUUCUCGAGCAUGGUGCUCAACGUUGUCGUUGACGUGAUGGAGUCAACACUGGCGCAGGUUGAGGACGCUGAUGCCAGCAUGGAAGGCAUGCUCCGUCGAAUCCAUGACUACAACCAUUUCACUGCCCUGGCCAUCGGCGGUAUCUCCAACGACAUUGGCACCCGGCUGUGGUUCCUGGAAAUGGAUAUUCAGCGGCUGCGGCCCGACAAUGCCGGUAUGACGGCCGAGGCCCUGGUUCGGCUGCGGGAGCAGUACAACGUCCUGUUCACAACCCUCAGCCGGCUCGAGGUCCUCAUCAACGAGCUGCUCCUGGACGUGUUCGAGAACAAGAAGCUCGGGAUAUCGGCCUUUUACGAAUUCGAGACCCGUCUUGAGAGCCUGAAGAGCAAGAGCCCCGAUCCAGAGGAGGCUCUGUUCGCUGUCGUGUCUCGGUUCUACUAUCUCAUCACGCCCUUCAAGACCUCGCGGUCGUGGGAGGUGCUCGGGAAAGAGCUGGAUGGGCUGAUCGAGCACGUUCUGCAGGUUUUUGCACGAGCACCGUUUCACCGGCGUUGGUCCCUGCUGUCCGACACCUUGGCCGAGUGGGAGAGAUCGAUUGAGCAGUUUCACCGCAUAGAGAGAGAAGUACGCGACGAAGCGCUCCACUGCCCCCUGUAGCAGGAGCAGCAUGUCGACAGCUUGGGUCGCUGGCGCUUUGUUUCUUUAUUAUUUUUUGGCACACUUAUGAUAUGUUGACGAUAGAUUCGAAUGUGGACAGCAGCAGGGCGGCGGUACGGCGAUGGCAGGGAUAGCAUAGAGC